AUAAGAUAAUAACGACUGUUUUACGUGAUGACCCUGACGGUUUGCGCAUCCUUUGAGGCUCGAUGGAAUUUCGCCCUAAUUACGGCACAUCCCCCCGUUGCUGCAGCAACUCGGUCAUAAAACCAGUCUUAGUCUGGAGCAUUUGUAGAAUUGGAGUGAGGUGCCAUAAACCGUCUGAGAACCAAGGUUAUUAACUGUGACUAAGAGCUAGAAAACAACGGCUGGAACCAUUGAAAGCUUGUGUUCACGGACUUUUCCGCCAUCAUUUGUCUCAGUGUCCCAUCAUGGCACCACGACUGGAUUGCUCACUAUUUCGCUGCUCCGACGAUACAUUUCAUGUCCACUGGGUGGCGCACUUUAGAUCAAUGUCAUUGCCGGGUAUCUAAAAUCCCUGCUGAAACAUGUUUACUUUGUGUACGGGCAAAGGACAACGUCUUCGUGACUAUGCAAGGCACUCUUUCAGGUAAAUAUAGCUACCAUUUAGAUAUUUUUUUGUCAGCAUUGCAUUUAUUUAUCUAUUAUUAUUUUUUUAGACAACAAUGACAUAUUGAUGUUCAAAACGUAGCCUACAUGUGAAGUUUAAUGAUUAAAAACCCUUCAUUUAAAAAAGUAGUACCGCUGGUAACAGCUGUAUUAGUCCCAGCGUGUUUGUUUGCUAAUGAAAAUUAUCACAGCUUAUUUUUUUUUUGUAAAUGUAGGCUAAUUGUGAGACUUGUUUUGAUUCUUGAUGACCUAAACUUGGACUAUAGUUUUUUUUUUUUUUAUUACAAAAUGUUUCCUAAUUCAUAUAAAAGACGUCUUCUGCGAAUUAUGUGAUGUGUUAAAUUAAAAAUAAAAUUCUCUAGUUUUUAUUGGCUAAUUAAUAUAAAAUUCCAUUGACUUUUAAAACAAUGCCCGUUGAUUUCCUGAUGCACAAGGCCUAUAGCCUAAAUACAUAUAAUGUAGCUGAUAAAUGUAAUCUAAAUAAAUGUAGCCUAUUCCAAUUAUUAAAAUUAAUCUCUCAACAUAGCCAAAAAAAAAAAAAAAAAAAAAAAAGAUUCACUUUCAAAUAAUAGUUAAUAAUUAUGACUCGUUUAGAAUCCACAAUGGGAAUCAAAACAUGAUUAUUGGAGCAGGGACAACUUAACUAUCAAGAAAAUUAGUUUAAUUAGUUUAGCUUCUUUAUAUGUUUUUUUUUUUUUUUUCGACCCGAGUCUGAAUAGCUGUUCUAUUUAGUCGCUAUUUAAAAUCGCAUGUUAAUGGUCAUCUACUUUUAAAAGUUUUGUUAUCAGAAAUGUGUUAAUUUUAGCUAUAGGACGAUUAAUGUUAUGGAUGCAAAAAUAUGCCUAUUUCUGUAUCUCUGUGGAAAUAUUAGAGUAUUUUUGACAGCGUAAAAUCCGUUGGAAAGAAAUUUCAGAGAUAAAGCAAUAAAUGAUCAUUUACAUCAUCAAAUUUUUCAGGCAUAUAGACCGAAAGAAAAAGAAAAGUAACCUAAAUCUGCAUGAGAGAGAAUGGAAUUAUAGCCUAUUUCAUGUAAUUAAAUGCAAAUCAAAUUACAUACUACGGCGGACUUCACACAGGCUGAAAAUAUCCCCUGAAAGUCAAAAGUAGACAAAGGUGAAUUUAAUCACAUAGCCUACUAGGCUACAACAAUUGCGUUAGAAUUGCUUUCGGUAAAUACUUUAAAUGCCAUGGGAUUGUGGUUAGAUUUGUCUCUAUAUUUAUAGCCUAUGUUAUAGGCUAGUAGCUUUUAAAUUAUAUUAUUAUUAUUAUUAUUAUUACUACAAUUUUUUUUACCAUUGACCCGUAACUCAGUAUUGUAAUUCUAAAGCUUAAACAGGCCUAUAUGUAGCUUUGAGAUUAUCACAUGCUAAAUGUUUACAAUAUUCUAGAUCAUGGAAAUCCAUAUCCACCACAAUAAGUGUUUCUGAAAAGCAGACCGAAAACGCCUCUCGUUUUGAACUUGAGUGUAAAUAAAUUGUUUUGACCCACCGCAUGCAUGAAAACCAGAAGAGCAGUCUGUAAUUCACUGUUUAUGUGUUUAAAGGGCUGUUGGGGCAAUUACAGUGUAUCAUAAAGGUUUACUAUUUUAGCACUUGAUCUCCUUUUCGAUACCUUGUUGCUUUUUGGUUUAUACGUGGCUCAUAAGGCUCAGCGGCAAUGUCAGUGUUAACGAAGUCAGUGGUCGUAAACAUAAUGCUGUUCAAGUUAAAUUCUGUUUUUAUUCGUUUAUACUUUCAAAAACGACUGAUCAGGUUUAUGUAGAUUUGACUUAAAAAAAAUCUAGUAGCUUGAAAAAGAUAUGGGAUACAAGGGUUACGUGCGCACAGAGGGAGGAGUCAUCGGUGCUCGUUGCGAUUUAAUUGGCUGUUAGCUCACACUGAGUUGUAUAGUUAUCAGUAAUUAUAUUCAGCAUGUUUUGCACAAGAAAUGUCAUCCAGAAAGGGCAAUCUUCUUCCACCGUCAAAUUAUACCACAAAGAUGUCAUGCUCCGAUAGUCCAUCUGGAAAUUCGUUUCUGGUAGACUCCUUGAUCCACGGAAGGGCCGAGGGAAGUGGACACUACUACCAAAACAGCGGAGUCUACUUGCCGCCGACCUCCGAGUAUUCUUACGGACUGUCUAACUGUGGCUAUUUUUCUGGACUCAAACGGAACGAGAGCAAUUCGCAAAAUGUAGUAGGACCUACGUGUGGGCCAUAUCAAGGCAUGGAAACAUGGCUGGAGACGUCGAGGUCCUGUCGCAUUGAACAACCUAACAACCAAAUUACCCCACGGUCGUUCUCGCCCACCAUAAAAGAGGAAAACUCUUACUGCUUAUACGAGUCUGAGAAGUGUCCAAAAGACACCAUUACAGAGGAUAUAUCGUACUCGCGGCUGACACCAAACUCAUGUCCAUCUAGCAACAAUAACGGCUGUGUUCCGGUGCCCGGUUACUUCCGUCUAUCUCAGACGUGCACCACAUCUAAAGGUUUUCCAGACAACCAGUCUAUAUCGACGCAUCUUGCUGCUCAACGCUCGAGCCGAUUUGACAGCUCUCUUUCAGCCAUAGCAGCAGCAGAAGCAAGCAGGGAAGAGAGCGACGAACCCCCCACAUGCGCACCAUGUGCCCCGGCAAGAAACAAGGAGCUAAGGGGGUCCACUGGCACCGCUUCAUCUCCCGAACCACCGGACAGCCCGGAGAAGGCGGUCACGGUUACUAAAGGAGAUUCCAAAAGUGACAAUACAGCUAACUGGCUGACUGCGAAGAGUGGCCGUAAGAAGCGUUGCCCCUACACCAAACAUCAGACACUAGAGCUGGAGAAAGAGUUCCUCUUCAACAUGUACUUGACACGAGAGCGUCGCCUCGAGAUCAGCCGCAGUGUUCACCUCACGGACAGACAAGUCAAAAUCUGGUUUCAGAACCGACGGAUGAAGCUGAAGAAAAUGAGUCGAGAAAACAGAAUCCGAGAGUUGUCGACCAACUUCAGUUUUACAUGAAGCCUCCUCGCUUUAUAGAUCUCUGGCGCCCUCCUCCUCCAUCAGCUGCAGUGGUAGCCUACUUACAACAAACCGUCUCCGUAGGUGUGUGUGUGUGCAUAUUUGACUUGUGCAAGAUACUAUUGAUAACUUAUUGUGUGUCGUAUACUGUUGACGUUUUUAUCUGUUUAUGUAUAAUUUUAUUUGACAUCCCAGUCGUCAUAACAUGUCAUGGUUAUUUAUAAACUGUCAAGAGUACUUCACUGUAAAAGCAAGAGAGGAAAAUAUCGAAUGCUGAAGGUGUUCAUUGUACAUAGCAUUCAGACUAUAUUGUACAUUUAUUGUAUAUAACUGCGAUAUUUGCAUGUUGUAAUAAUAAUAAUAACUACUAUGAAACCAUUUUUAAAUAAUAACAAUACGUUUCUUAAGUACGACCUUGUCAUGUAGCCUAUUUGCUGUUCUAGGCAUAAGUCCGGUUUAUGAUGUAGAAACUUGUAUAGUUAUAAACAUGACGGGACUUCAUAUAUUUCAACAACAUUGAAAGGUACAAUCUUUCUGAAAACACAAGCCGGACUCAGAUGUAAAUUAAUUAUUCAUACGUGACAGAAAAUAAAUAAAGGCAUGACUUUUAAAAAA